GCGGGAGCGCAGGGCCGCGGGCGCGGGGCGCGGGCGAGCGGAGGGACGGGCCGAGAGCCGAGCCGGCAGCCGGGAGGCGGCGGGAGUGCAGCGCGCCCGCCGGCCGGGAAGGACAGGAGAGGAGGAGCCGCCCGGGGGACCCUCCGGAGCGCGAGUGCGCCCCAGCCCGGCCGGCCCCGCGCAGGAGGCCGCCCCGGGCGCAGCGGGCAGCCGGCGGGCAGGUAUGCCGUCCCUGGCGCCGCUGCUCUGCCUGGCGCUGCUGCCCGCACUCGCCGCACGAGGCCUGCGAUGUUCCCAGCCCGGCGAGCCCUGCCUGAAUGGCGGCAAGUGUGAAGUGUUUGCCAACGGCACGGAGGCCUGUGUCUGCAGCGGGGCUUUCGGGGGCCAGCGGUGCCAGGCGCCCAACCCCUGCCUGAGCGCCCCCUGCAAGAACGCGGGCACGUGCCACGUGCUGGACCGCGGCGGCCCCCUGGACUACACCUGCGCCUGCCGCCUGGGCUUCUCGGGCCCGCUCUGCCUGACGCCCCGGGACCACGCCUGCCUCACCAGCCCCUGCCGCAACGGCGGCUCCUGCGACCUGCUCACGCUCACCGAGUACAAGUGCCGCUGCCCCCCGGGCUGGUCAGGGAAGACGUGCCAGCAGGCUGACCCCUGCGCCUCUAACCCCUGCGGCAAUGGUGGCCGCUGCCUGCCCUUCGAGGCCUCCUACAUCUGUCGCUGCCCGCCCGGCUUCCACGGCCCCACUUGCAAGCAGGACGUCAACGAGUGCAGCCAGGGCACCGGGCCCUGCCUCCACGGGGGCACCUGCCACAACGAGGUUGGCUCCUACCGCUGCGCCUGCUGCCCCACGCACACCGGCCCCCACUGCGAGCUGCCCUACGUGCCCUGCAGCCCCUCGCCCUGCCAGAAUGGGGGCACCUGCCGCCCCACGGGGGACACCACCCAUGAGUGCGCCUGCCUGCCAGGCUUCAGCGGCCAGAACUGUGAGGAGAACAUCGAUGACUGUCCCGGAAACGACUGCACGAACGGGGGCACCUGUGUGGACAGUGUGAACACCUACAACUGCCGCUGCCCUCCGGAGUGGACAGGCCAGUACUGCACGGAGGACGUGGACGAGUGCCAGCUGAUGCCCAACGCCUGCCAGAACGGUGGCACGUGCCACAACAGCCACGGCGGCUACAACUGCGUGUGCGUCAACGGCUGGACCGGCCAGGACUGCAGCGAGAACAUCGACGACUGCGCCAACGCCGCCUGCUUCCACGGCGCCACCUGCCACGACCGUGUGGCCUCUUUCUACUGCGAGUGUCCCCACGGCCGCACGGGUCUGCUGUGUCACCUCAACGAUGCCUGCAUCAGCAACCCCUGCAACGAGGGCUCCAACUGCGACACCAACCCCGUCAACGGCAAGGCCAUCUGCACCUGCCCCUCAGGGUACACGGGGCCGGCCUGCAGCCAGGAUGUGGACGAGUGCUCGCUGGGCGCCAACCCCUGUGAGCACGCGGGCAAGUGCAUCAACACACUGGGCUCCUUCGAGUGCCAGUGCCUGCAGGGCUACACGGGCCCGCGCUGCGAGAUCGACGUCAACGAGUGUGUCUCGAGCCCCUGCCAGAACGACGCCACCUGCCUGGACCAGAUCGGGGAGUUCCAGUGCAUCUGCAUGCCUGGCUACGAGGGCGUCUACUGCGAGGUCAACACGGACGAGUGUGCGAGCAGCCCCUGCCUGCACGGCGGCCGCUGCCUCGACAAGAUCAACGAGUUCCUGUGCGAGUGCCCCGCGGGCUUCUCGGGGCACCUGUGCCAGUCGGACAUGGACGAGUGUGCCAGUACGCCCUGCCGCAACGGCGCCAAGUGCCUGGACGGGCCCAGCUCCUACAGCUGCGUGUGCACGGAAGGCUACACGGGGACCCACUGUGAGGUGGACAUCGACGAGUGCGACCCCGACCCCUGCCACUACGGCACCUGCAAGGACGGCGUUGCGGCCUUCACCUGCGCCUGCCGGCCGGGCUACACCGGCCACCGCUGCGAGACCAACGUCAACGAGUGCCACAGCCAGCCGUGCCGCCACGGGGGCACCUGCCAGGACCGCGACAACGCCUACGUCUGCUUCUGCCUCAAGGGCACCACAGGGCCCAACUGUGAGAUCAACCUGGACGACUGCGCCAGCAGCCCCUGCGGCGCGGGCACCUGCUUGGACAAGAUCGACGGCUACGAGUGCGUGUGCGAGCCGGGCUUCACAGGCAGCAUGUGCAGCAUCAAUAUCGAUGAGUGUGCGGACAGCCCCUGCCACAACGGGGGCACGUGUGAGGAUGGCAUCAACCACUUCACCUGCCGCUGCCCUGAGGGCUUCCACGACCCCACCUGCCUGUCCGAGGUCAACGAGUGCGACAGUGACCCCUGCGUCCACGGGGCCUGCGUGGACAGCCUCAAUGGCUACAAGUGCACCUGUGAUCCCGGCUGGAGCGGGAUCAACUGCGACGUCAACAACGACGAGUGUGAGUCAAACCCCUGCGCCAAUGGCGGCAGCUGCAAGGACAUGACCAGCGGCUACGUGUGCACCUGCCGGGAGGGCUUCAGUGGCCCCAACUGCCAGACCAACAUCAACGAGUGCGCGUCCAACCCGUGUCUCAACCAGGGCACGUGCAUCGACGACGUGGCUGGCUACAAGUGCAACUGCCUGCUGCCCUACACAGGAGCCACGUGCGAGGGGGUGCUGGCCCCCUGCGCCCCCAGCCCCUGCAAGAAUGGCGGCGAGUGCAUGGAGUCCGAAGACUACGAGAGCUUCCACUGCACCUGCCCCGGGGGCUGGCAAGGGCAGACCUGCGAGGUCGACAUCAACGAGUGUGUGAAGAGCCCGUGCCGGCACGGCGCCCCCUGCCUCAACUCUCCCGGCAGUUACCGCUGCCUCUGCCCGGCCGGCUACACAGGCCACAACUGCGAGACGGACGUCGACGACUGCCGGCCCAACCCAUGCCACAAUGGUGGCUCCUGCACGGACGGCGUCAACGCGGCCUUCUGCCAGUGCCUGCCGGGCUUCCAGGGCGCCUUCUGUGAGCAGGACAUCAACGAGUGCGCCAGCAGCCCCUGCCGCAACGGCGCCAACUGCACGGACUGCAUGGACAGCUACACCUGCACCUGCCCCACCGGCUUCAGCGGCAUCCACUGUGAGAACAACACGCCCGACUGCACGGAGAGCUCGUGCUUCAACGGCGGCACCUGUGUGGACGGUAUCAACUCCUUCAGCUGCCUGUGCCCACCCGGCUUCACGGGCAGCUACUGCCAGCACGACGUGAACGAGUGCGACUCGCGGCCCUGCCUGCACGGCGGCACCUGCCAGGACAGCUACGGCACCUACAGGUGUACCUGCCCCCAGGGCUACACAGGCCUCAACUGCCAGAACCUCGUGCGCUGGUGCGACUCCUCGCCCUGCAAGAACAGUGGCAAGUGCUGGCAGACCAACACGCUGUACCGCUGCGAGUGCCACAGUGGCUGGACCGGGCUCUACUGCGAUGUGCCCAGCGUCUCCUGCGAGGAGGCCGCGCAGCAGCAGGGCCUCGACGUGGCCCACCUGUGCCGGAACGGGGGCCUCUGCGUGGACACGCACAACACGCACCACUGCCGCUGCCCAGCCGGCUACACGGGCAGCUACUGCGAGGACCAGGUGGACGAGUGCCUGCCCAGCCCCUGCCAGAAUGGCGCCACCUGCACCGACUACCUGGGCGGCUACUCCUGUGAGUGCGCGGCCGGGUACCACGGCGUGAACUGCUCCCAGGAGAUCAACGAGUGCGUGUCCCGCCCGUGCCAGAACGGCGGCACCUGCCUCGACCUCACCAACUCCUACAAGUGCUCCUGCCCCCGGGGCACACAGGGUGUGCACUGCGAGGUCAACGUGGACAACUGCGCCCCGCCCGUGGAGCCCGCCUCCCGCAGCCCCCGGUGCUUCAACGGCGGCACCUGCGUGGACCAGGUGGGCGGCUACAGCUGCGCCUGCCCGCCUGGCUUCGUGGGCGAGCGCUGCGAGGGUGACGUGAACGAGUGCCUGUCCAACCCCUGCGACGCUCGCGGCACCCAGAACUGCGUGCAGCGCGUCAACGACUUCCACUGCGAGUGCCGGCCCGGCCACACCGGGCGCCGCUGUGAGGCCAUCAUCAACGGCUGCAGGGACGGGCCGUGCCGGAACGGGGGCUCCUGCUCCGUGGCUGCCAACACUGCCCGCGGCUUCAUCUGCAAGUGCCCCGCGGGCUUCGAGGGCGCCACCUGCGAGAACAGCGCGCACACCUGCGGCUCCCUGCGCUGCCUCAACGGCGGCACCUGCCUGUCGGGGCCGCAGAGCCCCGCCUGCCUGUGCCUGGACACCUUCACGGGCCCCGAGUGCCAGUUCCCGGCUGGCAGCCCCUGCCUGGGUGCCAACCCCUGCUACAACCAGGGCACCUGCGAGCCCAUGGCCGAGAGCCCCUUCUACCGCUGCCUGUGCCCCCCCAAGUUCAACGGGCUCCUCUGCCACAUCCUGGACUACAGCUUCGCGGGCGGCGCCGGGCGCGACAUCGCCCCGCCACCCCUCCAGGAGACCUGCAAGGUCCCCGAGUGCCAGCGGGACGCCGGCGACAAGGUCUGCAGCGUCCGGUGCAACAACCACGCCUGCGGCUGGGACGGCGGCGACUGCUCGCUCAACUUCGACGACCCCUGGAAGAACUGCUCGCAGUCGCUGCAGUGCUGGAAGUACUUCAACGACGGCCGCUGCGACAGCCAGUGCAACUCGGCCGGCUGCCUCUUCGACGGCUUCGACUGCCAGCGCCUCGAGGACCAGUGCAACCCCCUGUACGACCAGUACUGCAAGGACCACUUCAGCGACGGGCACUGCGACCAGGGCUGCAACAGUGCCGCCUGCGAGUGGGACGGGCUGGACUGCGCGGAGCACGUGCCAGAGCUGCUGGCGGCCGGCACGCUGGUGGUGGUGGUUCUGGUGCCGCCCGCGCGCCUGCGCAACAGCUCCUUCCACUUCCUGCGCGAGCUCAGCCGCGUGCUGCACACCAACGUGGUCUUCAAGCGCGACGCCCGUGGCGAGCACAUGAUCUUCCCCUACUACGGCCGCGAGGAGGAGCUGCGCAAACACCCCAUCAGGCGCUCCGCCGAGGGCUGGGCCUCUGCGCCCGGUGCCCUGCUGCCUGGCGGCGGGGGCGGUCGGCGGCGCAGGGAGCUCGACCCCAUGGACGUCCGUGGGUCCAUCGUGUAUCUGGAGAUCGACAACCGGCAGUGUGUCCAGUCGUCCUCCCAGUGCUUCCCGAGCGCCACGGACGUGGCUGCCUUCCUGGGGGCCCUCGCCUCGCUCGGCAGCCUCAACAUCCCCUACAAGAUCGAGGCCGUGCAGAGCGAGACUGUGGAGCCGCCGCCGCCGUCGCAGCUGCACUUCAUGUACGUGGCCGUGGCCGCCCUCGUCCUGCUCCUGUUCGUGGGCUGUGGGGUGCUGCUCUCCCGCAAGCGGCGGCGCCAGCAUGGCCAGCUCUGGUUCCCCGAGGGCUUCAAGGUGUCGGAGGCCAGCAAAAAGAAGCGCCGGGAGCCGCUGGGGGAGGACUCCGUGGGCCUCAAGCCCCUGAAGAAUGCCUCAGACGGCACCCUCAUGGACGACAACCAGAAUGAGUGGGGGGACGAGGACCUGGAGACCAAGAAGUUCCGGUUCGAGGAGCAGGUGGUCCUGCCAGAUGUGGACGCCCAGACGGACCAGCGGCAGUGGACCCAGCAGCACCUGGACGCCGCCGAGCUGCGCGUGUCCGCCAUGGCUCCCACGCCACCCCAGGGCGAGGCCGAGGCCGACUGCAUGGACGUCAACGUCCGCGGGCCCGACGGCUUCACGCCCCUCAUGAUCGCAUCCUGCAGCGGAGGGGGCCUGGAGACGGGCCACAGCGAGGAGGAGGAGGAUGCGCCCGCUGUCAUUUCGGACUUCAUCUACCAGGGCGCCAGUCUGCACAACCAGACCGACCGCACCGGCGAGACCGCCCUGCACUUGGCUGCCCGCUACUCGCGCUCCGAUGCCGCCAAGCGCCUGCUGGAGGCCAGCGCCGAUGCCAACAUCCAGGACAACAUGGGGCGCACGCCCCUGCACGCAGCCGUGUCUGCCGAUGCGCAGGGUGUCUUCCAGAUCCUGAUCCGGAACCGGGCCACAGACCUGGACGCCCGCAUGCACGAUGGCACGACCCCGCUGAUCCUGGCCGCACGCCUGGCUGUGGAGGGCAUGCUGGAGGACCUCGUCAGUGCCCAUGCUGACGUCAAUGCCGUGGACGACCUUGGCAGGUCUGCCCUGCACUGGGCCGCAGCCGUGAACAACGUGGAUGCCGCUGUCGUGCUCCUGAAAAACGGUGCCAACAAGGACAUGCAGAACAACAAGGAGGAGACGCCCCUUUUCCUGGCCGCCCGCGAGGGCAGCUAUGAGACAGCCAAGGCACUGCUGGACCACUUCGCGAACCGGGACAUCACGGACCACAUGGACCGGCUGCCGCGCGACAUCGCCCAGGAGCGCAUGCACCACGACAUCGUGCGGCUCCUGGACGAGCACAACCUUGUGCGCAGCCCCCCACUGCACGGCGCCACCCUGUCGCCCCCGCUCUGCUCCCCCAACGGCUACUUGGGCAACCUCAAGCCGGCCGGGCAGGGCAAGAAGGCCCGCAAGCUCAGCGCCAAGGGCCCGGCCUGCGGCGGCAAGGACGCCAAGGAGCUCAAGGCCCGCAGGAAGAAGGUGCCGGACGGCAAGGGCUGCCUGCUGGAUGGCUCGGGCGUGCUGUCGCCCGUGGACUCCCUCGAGUCACCCCACGGCUACCUGUCGGACGUGGCCUCGCCGCCCUUGCUGCCCUCCCCAUUCCAGCCGUCCCCCUCCCUGCCCCUAAGCCACCUGCCAACCAUGCCCGACACCCACCUGGGCGUGGCGGCCAAGCCCGAGAUGGCGGCGCUGGGCGUGGGCGGCCGGCUGGCCUUUGAGGCCGGGCCGCCACGCCUGUCCCACCUGCCCAUGGCCUCUGGGACCGGGGCCGUCCUGGGCACCGGCGGUGGAGGCGGCUUGAACUUCGCCGUGGGUGGGGGCCCAGCAGCCUUGAACGGGCAGUGCGAGUGGCUGUCCCGGCUGCAGAAUGGCCUGGGGCCGAGCCAGUACAACCCGCUGUGGGGGGCCUCGGGCACCCUGGGCACACCGGCGCCCACUCUCCAGCACGGCCUCAUGGGCCCGCUGCACGGCGGCCUUCCUGCCGCGGCGCUGACCCAGCUCAUGAGCUACCAGGGCCUGCCUAGCACGCGGUUGGCCGCCCAGCCCCACCUGGUGCAGACCCAGCAGCUGCAGCAGGUGCAGCAGCCACCGCCGCCGCCGCCGCCGCAGCCAAACCUGCAGAUGCAGCAGCAGCAGAGCCUGCAGCCCCAGCCGCAGCCAAACCUGCAACCGCCGCCGCCACACCUCGGCGUGAGCUCGGCGGCCAGCGGCCACUUGGGCCGGAGCUUCCUGGGCGGGGAGCCGAGCCAGGCAGACGUGCAGCCGCUGGGGGCCGGUGGCCUGGCGGUGCACACCAUCCUGCCCCCGGAGAGCCAGGCCCUGCCCACGGCGCUGCCGCCCUCGCUGGCCCCACCCAUGACCACCGCCCAGUUCCUGACACCGCCCUCCCAGCACAGCUACUCAUCCUCGCCCCUGGACAACACGCCCAGCCACCAGCUGCAGGUGCCUGAGCACCCCUUCCUCACCCCGUCCCCCGAGUCCCCCGACCAGUGGUCCAGCUCGUCGCCACACUCCAACAUGUCCGACUGGUCCGAGGGCGUCUCCAGCCCCCCCGCCAGCGUGCACCCCCAGGCGGUCCACAUCCCCGAGGCCUUCAAGUAGGCCGCGGCCUCCCCGGGCCCCCACGCCGGACGGACACCAGGCUGGCCGCAGGAGCCCGUGGGGAAAGCGAUGUUUUUAUACAAAAUGAGAACACGACGAUUUUAAUUUGUUCCUUUUUUUAGUAUUUAUUUAUGUACUUUUCUUUGACAUGAAAACACUGCCUUUUUAUUUAUGCGUGCCGUUUUCUAGGACACCAGGUAGAAUCUUUUGUCUGUUUCAAGCAAAUAUCCUAGUUCUCAGAGGUGGGAUUUUCCUGCUUAGGAUAAAGAUUUCUUAUGUGUGUGUUUGUAAAAUAUAAACAAAGAUUCAUGAUUUAUAAAUGCCAUUUAUUUAUUGAUUUUGUUGUUGUUUUCAAAAUCCAAAAAAAAAGUGAUGUAGGAGGAGGGAGGUUGAAGCCGGCGUUGUCCCAAAAGCCCCCACGCUCCCGGGCCCACCCGCCCCCCGAGUCAUGGGCAGCCAGGCGAAACCUUCCCACCCCCGGCACGGGGACGGAUGUGCAUCCUAAACAGGAGAUGUACGGUGGCCCUACAGUAAAACAUGGUGUUUCGUGGGGUUAUUUUUUAUGAUUUUUUUUAAUUAAAAAACAUGCUUUUAAAAGUAUCUUCUUGGGCUAUCCCGAGAGUCCCUUCCGUGGUGCCAAUCAUGAAUCUUUGUUUCAGGUUCAGUGUUACGUAGUUGUCCAGGGGUCUUGCAAGUUCCCAUUCCUUCCCGAAGCCCCCGCCCCACCCCCUGCCGCAUCGACUGUUAAGCGCCGUGUAGAACAAGGACUUCGAGCCAAGGUGUGUGUCUGCGGGGACCACUGCCCACCUCGGACGCCAUGUGGGGGGCUUCUGCCCCCCGCCGCCCCUUGGGGGUCCCAGCCUCUCCUUGAACGGCAUUUUGUGGGCUCAGCACAUGACACCCUGGAUCUGGCUGGUUCCCACCUUCUAGGGAGGCACAUCGAGGUUCUGCAGUGUGGCUGGUCAUUGCUCACCCCAGUGGCCCCGUCUGUGGUGGGGGCUGCGCCUUGUCCAGCCUCGGGGUGUCGUGGGUGCCCGCCGUGGGGCAGGAACAGAUUCUUGCAGUGUUGUGUAUAAGCCUGUGGCAGAAUAAGUAUCUGUAAAUACAUUUUUAAAGGUAGAUUUUGUUUCAAAAAUCUCAGUGAACAUCUCUCAUGUGUCCCACUAAGGGGGGUGUCGUUCAUGGCUCGGCUCGGCUCUGUGGCACAGGCCCUGCCGCCUGAGCUGCCGGGACAGUAGCUCCCGCAAGCAUAGGUCAGGAGGGGUCCUCCAGCCCCAAACGGGGCUCCCUUGGGGUACCCCUGUCCCCCCAACAGGGCGACUUCUCUCCAGCCAAGAAGCUGUGUUAGGACACCCCCGAGGGAGCAGACACGUCCUAAGAUGUUGGUUCUUACUGUGUUUUAUAAAAUAGAGUGUAGUUUACAAAAAAAAGUAAACCUUUUUUAAACGUUAUCGUGUUACUUGCAAAACUGUAAGUGAUGAAGAUGAUGUAUUUUUUUUUUCAUCUUUUUUUGUUAAAACCGAUUUGCAAUAAAAACGAUGCUGAUGGUC